GUUUGCUCUUGUUCAAUGUUCAGGUAACGGGAUAAAGAUGCCAUUACACGGGAAGAUAGUUGUGUUGAAGAGGAGCGGGGGAGACGGGACAGAGUUCCCCCUGACUGCCUCCUGUAUGUUUGGAAGGAAGCCUGAUUGUGACAUUCGCAUUCAGCUUCCUCAAGUUUCGAAGGAACACUGCAGAAUUGAUCUCAAUGAAAACAAAGAGGUAAUUUUGACAAAUCUCAGCUCGGUGAAUCCAACACAAGUUAAUGGACAGGCUUUGCAGCAGUCAGAGCGUCUUAAACAUGGAGAUAUAAUAACUAUCAUUGAUCGUUCUUUCAGGUUUGAGUAUCCUCCUCCACCAACUCCUAAAAAGAGAUCAUCUGUUGGAGGAAAAGUAGAAACGGCUGAAAUUGACCCACAUUUAAAAGAUGGAGCCAACAUUGACAAUAUUCAGCGUUCUCUGGAGAAGACACAGGAGUUGGAGUCCAAAGAGGAUGCCAGUCUGCUGGAAGGCAAAACGGCAUCACCUUUCAGUGAUCUCUAUCAAAUGAUCAAACAAUCUCUUGACGUUAAGACCCCCCGCAAUUCUUCUGUCAGUGUCCUGCAGACUCCUUCGUCCAAGUUAUGCACACCAAGACCACAAUCUGCCAGAAAAAGUAAUCCGACACCUGUGGAAGAAAAAGGCAUGCCCAAAAAAUUUGACCCGAUCACUCCAGUUGAUGAGGCACAGGCUGUAGAUGCAUCGCUGCCCUCAAUUCCAAAGUCAGCCAAAAAAAGGCGCUCUGCUCAACUUCCUAUAGAACAAGGGGCUAUGCCAGCUGUCGCCACCUUUCAUCAUCACAAUUCUCCACGGAAGUUUACUGUGAGUGAAGCUCUUGAGCAAAUAUCACAAACUACAAGGUCACCAACAAGAAGGAGGAGCAAAGAGACCACGUCACCUGUAUCUGCAAAUAAACAAGUGGGAUCUCCUGCAAAAACUGGCAAGGCAACACCAGAAAACUCUGAAAAAGGUAAAGAAAAGUCCAAAAAACGCAAGAGUGAGGAGCUUGCUGCGGACCUGCCCAGACAACAGAUAAAGAGAAAGAGGGUCUCUUUUGGUACUCAGCUGAGCCCAGAAUUAUUUGACAAACGCUUGCCCCCUGACUCUCCACUGCGCAAAGGAGCCACCCCACGGAGGAGCCUGUCUCUUUAUAAACCCAAACAGUCACUUCUCAGACGGGCUUCUGUGAUUGGGUUGCUCAAGGAGUGUGAAAGCCAGAAAGCAAAGAGUCCUGCUAAAAUGAAAAGUCCUAAAUCUAGUGCUUCUCCAAAAAAAUCACCAGUAUCUCCCCAGUCACCGGCUCGGAGAGCUCAAUCCCCCAAAACUAAAACCCCAUCACCUGGAAGGAAGUCUACCACCCUAACAAAAGCCUCCCCGAAAGCCAAGUCACCUGCCCUGAAAGGUCAGACUCCAAACUCAAAAUCUCCCUCACCUGGGAAGAAGCAUCCCACCCCCAAGAAGGCCUCUCCAAAAACACCCAAAUCACCCAAAGGUCAGACUCCAAAAUCUAAAUCCCCAUCCCCUGCAAAGGAUGCUACUGCCAGAAAAUUUUCCCCUAAGAUGCCCUCACCAAAAUCUGUCAAAACUACUCCUGCCAAGUCAACUGAAGGAACACCCAAGAGAAAAUCACCAGGCCCUUUGGUUAAAAUGCCUCUUUCAUCGGCAGAUCAGACUCCAAAAGUGCAGGGGCGUUUUUCUGUGUCCCGUAUCAACACACCAUCGCCAAUUGGUGAAGUGGUAGUGGAGUCUGUCCCUUCAGCAAUGGCCACUCCUAAGAUCCCACUGAGGAGGAAGAGUAUGAAAAGCUCUGCAAAGCGAACUUCAGCACUGAAAAGCUCUGCUAAAGUGAUGCACAGAAAGAGUGGCCUUAUGAGAGCUUCCAUGAAAGUGAUGACCUCCUGGGCAGACAUUGUGAGAUUUGGUAAAGCUAAAGUCCAGGUGGCUGUACCAAGCAAAUCACAAGUCACCAGAAAGGCCAUAAAGAAGAAGGCUAUUCCCAAACCACAGACCCCCAAGCGACGACUCUUGGACACUGUCAGCACAGGACAUGCUGCUUCCCCUGCAACAAUAGUUGUGGGAAGAGCUCACAGACUGAGAGUUGCACAUUCAGGUGCCCCACCAAAAAUUGUCACCAACACAGCAGUGCUAAAGAAGAACCUGAUACAGGAUGAAGAUUUAACAGGAAUUUCUGAUAUGUUCAAAACCCCUAAAAAUGAGAAGAGGCAAUCUACCAAAAUCAUGAGUGCAACUAGGACACCACUGGCAGAUGUCAACCAAUCACAGAUGGAGCCAUCCGUUCUGAAUACACCGGAGGAGACUGGUGAAAUGGUUGUAUCACCUAUGAGUUGUGCAUCUACAAUUAAAGGCCGAAAAUACAACAGUGAAGCGGUUCAACGUCUCCUUAAUGAAGAAGUUCCUUCAAUGGACAUGCAGUGUGAAUUCACUGAACAGGGCACAGAAGUAAAAGUAAAUACGCCAAAAACUCCACUCCAGUCAGACAGUCUGGUAGCUGAGGUUUCUGUUUUGAAGUUGAUGACUCCAAAACAAAAGGCUGAACCUGUUGAAGACCUAACAGGCAAAUGUCUCAAGACCCCAAAACACAAAUCUGAGAAGCAGGAGUGUCUGUCUGCGGUCAUUAUGAAGACUGCAAAAGACAAGGUAGAGCCAACUGAGGAUCUGAGAGGAAAGCUAUUGAAAACUCCUAGACAAAAAAUUGAGCAGCAGGAAGAGUGUCUGACAGGGGUAAAGCGAAUCAUGAGAACUCCUAAAGCGAAAGUGCUGCCUGUUGAGGACCUGCGAGGAAAACUCCUAAAAACACCUAAACAGAAGAUUGAAACUCCAGACUGCCUCUCUGCUGUCAAAAUGAUCAUGGCGACUCCAGACCAGAAGGUGGAACAACCAGAGAGCAUUAGCCGGGCCACAAGACUUACGAGAACCCCGAAACAGAAGACUGAACAGCCAGAGUGCCUGACGGGAGUGAAGAGGAUCAUGAAAACGCCAAAAGAGAAGACUGAAGCGGUCGAUGACAUCAGGGGCAGACUCCUGCUGACUCCUAAACAGAAGGUUGAACAACAAGUGUUUCUGACUGGAGUGAAAAGGAUCAUGAAGACACCCAAACAGAAGGGCCAACCAGUGGAGAAGAACUUUGGCCUUAAGAGGCUCAUGAGAUCACCACGACUGAGGGGACACGCUCCAGUGGAAGACUUUGAAGGACUUGAGGAGCUAAUGAAAGAACUAGUUGAAGAGCAAACAUCUGAAAACACAGAAGAAACUGUUGAUGAGCAGCCAGAGACUUCUGAACAAGCAGCAGUUGACCAAAUUGAAGCUGACAAAGUAAUUGCUGCUGAAGAAGUAGUUGCGGACCAGCCAGAGAGUAUUGGCUCUUUUGAGGUUACUGAAACCUCAUCAGCUGUGGAGUCUAUACAAGGUGCUCCUGAAACAAAGUCUGUGCACAGAAGAGCAAAGAUCUCAGAGUCUACAGUAGAGUGCAAACAAGAUCUCUUUGAAACUGUUGAACUGCCAGUUAAAACAAGACGAGGGAGGAAAGUAGAGAGUUCAGCCCCUAGACAGACCACACGAGGUAGGACCGCAAAGGCCUCUAAAGAGAAGGAACCAAAGGAGCCUGUAUAUGAGGAAAGUGUCCCAGAGUCCACAGUCAAGCCAACAAUAACUGGAAUAUCUGAAGAAAUGUCCCAGGAGCAGAUUGAGAAAGGAGAGACUGCUUCCAUUCAACCAGUGCUAGAAAUGGUCACUGUUAUCCAAGAAGUAGAGAACUCCACAGCACAGCCUGUUGUGAAACAAAGACGAGGAAGGAAAAUCAAAGCAGCAGAACCUUGUGACAUCACUGUGGCAGCAGCCAGCAACACUACACCAUCUGCUGAGGCCCCAGAAUCAAACAAAACAAUGCCUAGUGACAACCAGCAAGGUGACACCACAGAAAGAGUUGCAAAACCUGCUCGUGGCAGAAGGGCAAAGGUUAUGGAAACUGAAGCUGAGGAUCCAAAGGAUGAAAAGGUGUCAGCUGUUCUAGUCAGAAGCCGUCGAGGCAAGAAAACUGAAGCCCCAGCAGUCCCUGCUAUCAAACAGAGGCGAGGAAGAACUGGAAAAGUUUUGCCAGAAGAAACUCAACAGGUGGCAGAUGCUUCUGAACAAGCUGAUGAUCAAACAUGUGUUUCUGAAGAAAUUGUUCAGGAAAAACCCAAAAGAGGGAGAAAAAUGAAGGCCCCUAUUGAACCAGAGCUAACAAUUACUGUAAUUGAGAGUGAGCUGCCUGUGGUUGAGGCUAAAUGUGGUCAGCCUGACCUACCUGUGCCCAUUGAGCAACCAAAGAGAGGGAGAAAAGCCAAAGCACAGCCAGGGGCAGAAAUUGUUGUAGAAGAUGCUGGCCCACGUGCUGUGGAUGAGGCCUUUGACGUGGAGCUGCUUGCACCCACUCAGAAACCCAAAAGAGGGAGAAGAUGUCGUCAAGCUGAGGCUGAAAUCAUGGAAGCAGAAAGUGAGCCUGUUGUUAAAUCUCAGCCAGCGCAGACUGUUGAAACAGAGAAGCCUAAAAGAGGGAGGAGGGCUAGACCUGUAGAGGCUACUCUCAGCACUGAAAAAUCCCAGAAUCCCAACCAGGAAAAGAGAGGGCGCUCUGCUAAACUGGAGGAAGGGGAGAAAUCGGUGUCUGAGCAACAUCCAUCAGAGAUGAAAUCCCCAGAACCUAAGAGAAUGCGGAGAACCAGAAAAGUAGAAGAACCAAUUGAGGUGGUCCAGGCAGUGGAGGCUGUAGAAGAGGCUCUAGUCAUUGUAGAGCCAGUCAAGCCUGAGCCACCAGCUCCAAAAUCCAGGAGAGGUGUCUCUAAACUGAAAGAGGCUGAAAAUAUCACUUCUGAAGAAUCAUCAUUGAGCACUGCCACAGAUAAAUCCAAGAGGGGCAGAAAGGGCAAACAAGAGGUGAAAGUGGAGAGCAAGGCAGCAAAGGUCAAUGCUCCUGAACAGGCUCCUGAGGAUGACUCUGCUGAAGCCAAGCCUUCAAGAGGAAGAGGCAGAGCUGGAGUGUCUACUGUCCCAGCCAAAAGAACUCGCAGGGGAGCACCUAUUUCCUCUGAGGAGAGCCCUGCCAAGGCCACAGAGGUUUCUGAAGAAAUAACGGUUGAGCCUGUAAAAAGGGGAAGAAGGAAUGCCAAAACACCAGUAUGUGGUGGGGAGUCUAAAAACCAGGACAACUCUACUUUUGAGCUCCGUAAUGAUCUAGAAGACACAGUCACCUCUAAAAAAUCUGUCAAGUGGAAGUCAGAUUUUGAAGUGAGUAAAGUUACUCCCUUAAAGACAGUUCGAGGGAGAAAGACAAAAUCUGUCCAACAGAAUGAGGCUGAAAAUGAGCCACCCAAUGCCACAAAUGCUGAAGAGAAGGAUCUCUCAGAAAAAGCCCAGCCCGCGAAGAGAACCAGGCGAGGGAUGAAGGCAGCUGUGGUGGAAGAGUCCACCAAGAUCGCUGUGGACAAUACAGAAGCUGAGACACAGCCCAAAACCAGAAGAGGCAGAGUGGCUAAGAAAUGACAUCUUUUGUAAUUUUUAUAUGCAUUUUAGAAUGUUUAGUGUGUAAAAACAAAGCACUGUUGUUGUUUUUUUUUGUUUGUUUCUUCAUCAAAUACUGCAGGGAAUCUUGUCUUAAAUCUUUAUCAGUUUUAGCCAGUUGUAUCCCCUGUGGAUCAUCUAGCAAGUGUUGUAUGAUGAACAAAAAAAACAUAAAAUUUUUUACAUGUAAGAAUACUGUGUCUAUCAUUUAUCUAAACAUGGCCUUCUUUUUGCAAUGCCACAGUGUUAUUAGGUUCACAUAUGGCAGCUACGUUUUAAAUGAUAUUCUGAUUAAUAGCCAUAUUCAGAAAAUACAAGUACAAUGAAAACCAUAUUUAAAUGCUUUUUUUCAAUAAAAUUAAAAGGGGGG